AACUCGGCGGGGAGCCAGUAGGUGGAGCCUUUUAGGAUUCGUACGAUUUAAUGACGAAAAUUUAGUUGGAAAACAUUUUCUAUGGGAUGCUUAUAGUUAAUUUUCUGUAUGUGUUUGGGUUCAUGUUGUUUUAGUGGCUAUUUUAGGGAAACAAUCUUUUCAGAUAACAAUUUGCCGUUGUUCGCGGAUAGGAAUAUAAUCGAAAUGACUGUAAAUUUCUUAUGUUGGAAUUGUUUUGCAAGUUUUACACGGUGAUCGACGAUUAGAGCUUGAAGAGCGAGCUGUUACCACCGAUUGCACUUAUAGAGUAGAAGUAGAGCAGCCCUUGCUAACGGCGGCAGCCGCUUUUCAGAUAACAAUUUGCCGUUAGUAGCUGAUAGGAAAUUUUUUAUAAUGACUGCAAAUACUUAAUAUUGGAAUUGCUUUGUAAGUUUUACUCGGUGAUCGAGGAUUAGAGCUUGAGGAGAGGGCUUCUGUUAUCACCAUUUGCACUUACAGACUAGAACUAGAGCAACCUUAUCAGGUUUGAAGAUGACUCUGGCUGCUGUAAAUCCCAGGACUUAUUGUUACAUUUAACCGCGAUGGAAAUAGCAAGGCUAGUAUAAAAAUGUUCAGUGAAAGUUUAAACAGAUGACGUCUUCAAUGAAAAUGAACAUUACAUUUAGUCUCUAAGCGGCUACCAACGUACAUGAGCUUGAUUUUUGGCAUACGUGCUUUCUUUUUGUGUCUCAAGCACAUUCCGAAAUUUUGAGAGUUUCACUCUAAUUAUUUCAUAAGUAGAAUUGAAAUGGGAGGACAGAUCGAUAGCAGUGAGUGAAUGUUUUCUGCACAUGUUCUUGGGAGACAUCCAUGAAGAUCUUUAAAUCCUGGCGUUCUAAGUCUCAUUAUGGCCAAAUCUUUCGGGAAUGUGGGGAUUCAAAAGUGACGGGACCAAAGGGCUUCAGAAUGAGGACAAUUCCUUCGUUGGGAAUUUUGACAUUGCUCAUGUUGUUCCUGAUAAGCGUAACUAUGAAAGAACAGUAUGAACAGACAAAGAUUGAUGGAAGAUGGAGACCUUUUGAUUCAGUUAACUUUCCAAGUUUUGCUGUAUCCAGUCAUAGGAAAUACCUAACAGAAGAACAGCUAGAAGAGUGGCAUUUCCAUGAUCAAAAUAACAUUCAUAAACAAAAUGGCGUCGAAUCAUUACCGCGAGGAAUUGUCCAAGGGACUUCUGAUCUAGAAUUGAAACCUCUUUGGAGUCAUUCUAGGAAAAAGGAUAUGGGGAAGCAGCAUCGGAAUUUACUAGCCAUGACUGUUGGAAUUAAACAAAAGAAAAAUGUCAAUUGCAUUGUUCAGAAGUUUCUUUCAGAGAAUUUCACAAUUAUACUCUUUCAUUAUGAUGGCAAUUUGGAUGGAUGGAAUGAUCUUGGAUGGAUUAGCAAGGCUGCACACAUAGUUGCUCAAAACCAGACAAAAUGGUGGUUUGCCAAGCGUUUUUUACAUCCUGACAUUACUUCCAUUUAUGAUUAUAUAUUUAUUUGGGAUGAAGACAUCGGGGUUGAUAAUUUCCAUCCCGGAAGAUAUUUGAAAAUAAUGAAAGAAGAGGGCUUGGAGAUUUCACAGCCAGCUUUGGACCCAAAUUCAACUGAAAUACAUCAUAGGAUUACAAUCCGAAAUAAAACAGGAAGGGUGCACAGACGAUCACAUAAUUAUCGAGGGAAUGUGAGCUGCUCUGCUACCACUUAUGCGCCUCCAUGUGCUGGGUGGGUGGAAGGAAUGGUACCUGUGUUUACUCGAGCUGCCUGGCAGUGUACCUGGCACCUUAUCCAGAAUGAUCUCAUUCAUGGUUGGGGGAUGGAUAUGAAGCUUGGAUAUUGCGCAAAGGGAGACCAUACAAAGAAUAUUGGGGUGAUUGACAGUGAAUUCGUUUUUCACCAGGGAAUACCAUCAUUAGGAGGGCCUUCUGCUAACAAGAGUUCUCUUGCAAUUGCACCUGCACAACGCUCUAACACAAAGGCAACGAGUUGGGCAAAAGUUGACCACAGAUCUGAGAUACGAAGGCAGUCUUCGGCUGAACUGGAAAUUUUUCGGCGACGUUGGGAUCAAGCUGUGAAAGAAGACAAGAAUUGGGUGGAUCCAUUUGAACGUUUGAAGAAACCCAACAGACCUCUCUAUAAGAAAUCCAUUCUGCGACGGAAACAGCCCAAUAAGUGGCAUGGUUAAUGAUGGUUGCAACCAAUACUUUUCACGCCAAUGCCAUUUCCUUCAAUUAGCAUUCGUAACCCUGCGAUGCUGGUCUAAUUAUCGGCUUUUUCAUCUUUUGUCCUCUUCAUGGAAAUGAGUUAGUGGGUAUACUGUCUCAUAACGAUUUCACCUCGUGAGUAUUUUACGUGGAUGAAAAUGCUCUCAUAAGGCUAGGUGAAUGUAUUAUUAUUCAUUCAUUCUUAUCUGACUGGUUCUUGCCUAUGACCCAUAGUAUUGGAUCAGCUGUCAUAAAUGCAAUUUAAAUUGCCCGAUUCUUCAUC